AUGGCAGGAUUCAACCCAGUUGAUAUGGUUGAGGAAGAUGCGGCUGAUUUGCAAUUUCCGAAAGAAUUUGAGAAUGCCGAAACAUUGCUAAUCAGCGAAGUGCAUAUGCUUUUGGAACAUCGAAAGAAUCAAAACGAAUCCUCGGAAGAGGAGCAGGAAUUUUCAGAAGUUUUCCAUAAAACGUACACUUACACGAACGAAUUUCGAAAAUUCCGCAACAAAGAAACUAUUGCCAGUGUGAGAAGCUUGUUGAUGCAAAAGAAACUCCAUAAAUUCGAGCUUGCGGCACUUGGCAAUCUUUGCCCGGCUUCACCAGAAGAAGCAAAAGCUCUGAUUCCUUCUCUAGAAGGUCGAUUCGAAGACGAUGAGCUGCAGCAAAUACUGGACGAUAUUGGCACUAAACGCAGCUUACAAUAUUGA